AUGUACGACCUCACCCUAAAUACAGGGUCAGGCCCGGCAAUUGUUCGAGUUGGCCUACCCCCAGCUUCCUUGCUUAAAUUCCCUCCCGAUGAGCUCCCGACAACCCUGUCCGCUCCCCAGCUUGUGGAGCCCACAUGGUAUCAGCCAUUCAACAUCCCUCCAGCUCUCUACAACGAGCUGCUCGAUGUGCGCGUCCCUGUUACGAUUGCUAGUGUUUAUGCCGCCACUGUUGUCCUCCUCAACCGCGUGAACAAGAGUCGUGGAUACAAGCCCUACGCCUUUAGCCAAACCAAGCUGUUCAAACUCUUCGUCAUUCUUCACAAUGUUUUCCUGGCUGUCUACUCGAUGUGGACUUUUGCAGGCAUGGUCCGGGCGUUUCGCAACUCUUGGCCUGAUUGGAAUGAUCCCAGCGGCCUAGUGGGUGUGGUGGAUUCCCUGUGCAAGUGCAAUGGUCCUCGGGGUUACGGAAACGCCGCAACUUACAAUUCGACCAUGAACCAAUGGACCAUGCAGAAUCCGGAGCUCAAGCUGGCUGAGGGAGGUGUGCCAGACCCUACUGAUGUUGGCCGUAUGUGGAACCAGGGACUGGCAUACCUGGGAUGGAUUUUCUACCUCUCCAAGUUUUACGAGGUGUUAGAUACCGCCAUCAUUCUGGCUAAGGGCAAGAAGAGCUCCACCUUACAGACCUACCACCACGCGGGCGCCAUGAUGUGCAUGUGGGCUGGUAUUCGUUUCGUGGCACCACCAAUCUGGAUCUUUUCCCUGGUUAACUCCGGAAUUCAUGCGCUUAUGUACACUUACUACACCAUCACUGCCUUCCGCAUUCGUGUUCCCACCGUUGUGAAGCGCACUUUGACUACCAUGCAAAUCACCCAGUUUGUUAUUGGAUCAUCAAUGGCAGCCUCCUACCUGUUUGUUAGCUAUACCCUUCCGGCUGGCCAGUCUAUGUCUGCGACCGUUACUGCUACUACCGGCGCCACAGCCGUUGCUAGCGCCUCUGGACUCGCAUGGAUCAAGCAGGUCGCUUUCCGUGCAGCGGGUGCGGAGGGGAUCGCAGAAAAUGUGGGACAGGGUGAGGGUAACGCUGCUGUUCCCCAGGAGGUCCAUGUCGGUCCCAUGAUUACAUGCAUGGAUACUACUGGCCAGGGGUUCGCUAUCUGGCUCAACGUUGCCUAUCUCCUGCCUCUGACUUAUCUCUUUGCCCGCUUCUUCGUCCGCUCCUACCUGUACCGUAAGGAGCCUUCUCAGCCGACUCACAUGAACGCCGCCGAGAAGGCCGGUUUGGAUGCUUUGAAGGAGGUGAGUCGUGAGAUCCAAAAGGCCGUCGAAAUGAGCGGCGAGGCAAGCGAGACCACCGAGGACGAGGCUGUUUCCCAAGCCCAGACCAGCCGCGCUCAGGGCGCCCAACAGGUGGUUGCAGAGAACUCCCCUAUCCGAACCCGUGCCGCUCAGAGUGACCUACAAUCUGAACACAAUUUCUCCACUGUUCCAACCAAGCAGUCUGGGGUCCAAACCUCAAACCCCUUUGGAGUUCUAGGCAGCACAGCCUAA